GGAAACAAGCCCGCUUUCCAAAAUCUAAAUUAUAGAGAAAGAGAGAGGUGGGUUUUGCCUCUCUCUCUCACCCUUUUCUCCUUGUCUUCCUCUCUCUCUCUCUCUCUAACAGUUCUUCUCCCCAAACAAUUCUAAAACAAGCUACAAUUGAAAACCCUCUAAUCAUCCUCUGCUCUUCUUUCAUUUUUCUUUUCAAAGAUGGAACCAAAUAUGAAGAAUGCAGAGUCAAAGAACUCAAAACUAUGUCGUUGGGAUAGUCAUCUCACUUCCGAGAAUGCUGAAUGGCUGGCAGAAAAGUCCAAAGAAAUGGACCAGAGUGUCAAGCAAGUACUGAAAUUUGUGGUAGACAAUAUGGAAGGUUUGGCAAAAAAUGAUGACAUGCAUUCUCAGAAUAAGUCGGAGGUGAUUGUCCAUGUUCAGGAACUCUACCGUAUUUAUCAAUCUUUGGCUGAGCGCUAUGAUCAUUUGACCAGGGAAUUGCGCAAGAGUCUACCAUCUGAUUGCCAAACGCAAGGCCCUGAUAGCGGUUUUGAUCAGAACUCUCCAUUGAUAACACCCGAUAAAAAACUGGGUAUGGGUAGGUCUAGUCAACAAGCUGCAUCUUUCAGUUCUGGUGGUGGUAGUUCUGAUCUCUCAUUGAAGGAAAGGACUGAAACAUCUUCAUUCUCAUCAGAUUCUGACUCAGAAUCUUUCAGCUCCUCUGUCAACAUCUACUUAAGCUCUCCAGUGGAUAAUGAUAAUGGUGGAGUACAUCACAAAGUUACUGAGCUAGGAAGUGAGCUUCCAACAAUGAAACUGAAGCUACAAGGGGCUGAUGGAGAGAAUGUAGAUGGAAAGUUGAAGAUGGGGGAUAACAGAAGUUAUGAAGAACUGAAUGAAAGACUCAAUAACCGUGAAGAAGAGUUAGGAGAUCUGAACCUAAAACUUCAUCUUGCAGAAGAAGAGAUUGCGAGGUUGAAUACAGAGCUCAAGAAGAAUGAGUCUGUUUCUGUCCUUUCUGAUCACAUGCUUGUUCGACUUGAAUCAUUGCAGGGAGAUACCAAAACGAGGGAAGCUGAUCUUGAGUUGGAGAAUGGAAAAGUACUUGAGUUACAGAAACAGAUCGUUGAACUGGAAGCUCAUGUUUCAGUCUCCAACUCUGAAAUUGUGAGGUUGAUGGAGGAGCUUGCUGCAAGUAAAGAAAAGAUCAAGGCAUCGGAAGAAGAGAUUGCAAUGUUUAAGCAUGAGCUUGGACAGAAGAUUUCUGAUGAUACUCGUCAUGUGCUAGGGCAGCUUGAAUCUGCUCAAGAAGACUUAGCCCUGUUAAAAGCACAACUUGACAUAGAGAGGACGCAGGCUGUGAACCUGCAGGAGCAAAUUGUGAGGUAUAGCAAUGAUCUAUCUAAUCGUGGUCGUGAAAUUGAGGAAUUAAAGGGUGCAUUAUGUGAUGCCCAUGAUAAUUUCUCUAUGCAGAGAGCAAGUUUUCAGAGUGAGAUUUUUGGUCUGUUAGAAAAAGAGACCCUCUUAGAGGCAAGGCUCAAAGAAUGGGAACUGCAUCAAAGGCUAUUAGAGGAAAAAUUAAAUCAAUGUGAAGCUGAAAAAAGGGAAAUCAAAGGUUUGCAUGAUGUACGUGAGAUUGGGUUCCAAGGUCAGAUCAGUCAGCUGAAGGCAGAACUUCUUGAGAAAGGUGUGCAUGUAGAAGCUCUAAAUAAGAACCUUGACUUACUGAAAUUGAAAUAUGAUAUGCUUAUGGCAGAGAAAGAUGGAGUCAUAGCAAAGGUAAACACUCUUGUAGCUGAGGUUAGUUCCCGAGAUGUGCAGAUUGGGCAAAUGGAGGAGCAUAUACAGCAAUUAAGCAGGGAACAUUUACAGCUGAUUUCUGGAUUGAAAUAUGAAAAGAAUCUAGAAGAUGAAUUAAAAUUGAGAAUAAAGGACCUUGAGAAGGAAGUGGAUAGGCAAAGAAUCAUGAUCUUAGAUGUGGCUGAGGAGAAAAGAGAGGUAAUUCGACAGCUUUCUUUCACACUGGAGCACUAUAGGAGUGGUUAUAAAGAAUAUCAGGCUUUUUUCAAGCACAACCAGUAUGCAAUUAAGGCGUCAUGAGUUUGAUUAAUGAGUAUUAGUAAGGCUACAAGUCUCGAUUGUCUCUUCCCUUUUUUGUUGUAUGCUUUGUUAAAUUUCUCUUCCGAACUCGUCAAAUUGGUUCUUAAUAUUUUAUUUUCUGUGGGAGGUUUUGGGUGAUAUGUUGUAUACUUGCAUUGAUGCUUAGAUAAACUUGAAGCUCCAGUUAUGCUAUAUCCUUGCAUAUUAUUAAACAUCUGAAAAUUGCAAUGGACAAAUAUGAACCAAGUUUAAAAUUUCAAUCAAACAGUCCUUCAGAUUAGGCUCAUUCUGUAUUGCAUACUGCAGGAGUCCUGGUCUAUAUUUCCCUAAUUAGCUUGUAGAUUCAGUUUGUACUGCAGGAUUAUUGAAUGUGGAUUGAAUCAGUUUGUAGAUCCCACCGACUUGUUUGUUUCAUAAAUUCAUGGCUUUUACCCCUAUGUCCCAAGGAAGAACAGGGUCAAGUAUAUAUUUGUAACAAAUAUUACUAUUCUUUACCCCAUGUAUGCUUGAA